GGAUUAGUAAUCAUUGUCAUUUAUUCCGACUCAGCGUUAUUCAUCUUUGCGACAGCGAUAGUAGUUAAUGGCUUUGGCAUCAACUCUUCACAGGGCAUCUGUGAAGGAGGCAUCUUGUUAUGUUUAAUAUGUUAUAUGUCCACGAAGGUCAUGAUAUACUACUUCCUAGUUGAGAAAGCUUAUAUCGUCCGAGGGGGUAUGAAGCCUCGCAUCCAGACUAAGCUAUGGCUUUUCAAUUGUCUAUUUAUGCUGUUACCGUACAUCAUUCUUGUCAUUAUGAACUUUAUCUUCCGAAUCAAUUACAUCAAUAAUAAAGGUGUAUGCAUUAUUGGCAUGCGAAAGAUUUCUAUGCUACCCUUGAUUAUCUUCGAAGUUAUUGUCAACAUUUACCUCACUGCCCUUUUCAUCAUCCCUCUCCGCGGUCUCCACUCUUAUAAAAAUAAGUUGAAUCCCACACUCCGCCGUAUAGCUAAGCGUUCGUUUAUCGGCUCUAUCACCACCCUCACCAUUUCCGUCGUCAAUUUAACCGCUAUCGCGGUAUUAAGAGGUGAACCGGGUUGGGUCUGUCUUAUGUGUUGCAAUAUCGACAUUUUAUGUUGCACGUUGGUCCUACACUGGGUUACAUCACAAGGCAGCGUUGCAUCGUCG